CCUCUGAGGCUGUGGAACAGCAAGGUGGAGUGAAGUGUCCUGUGUGUGACUAUGUGUACGGUACCAAGUGGGAGAUGAACAGACACCUGAAGAACAAGCAUGGCCUCAAAGUGAUUCAGAGUGAUGUGCUUGGUCUCAACCAAUGGGAGGUGGUGGAACAGUCGGUGGAGGAGCCCCUUACCCAGUACCUCCACAUCACUGAGACAGAGGACCCUCAGGGGACCGAAGCUGCCGUGUCGGCCCUCCAGGAUCUCAGGUUCACAGAGAACGGGGUGGUGGCGACCACCACAGAAGGGCUGGAUCCCACAGCGGUUAACAUCCUGCAGCAGAUCAUUGAGCUGGGGGCAGAGUCUAAUGAUGCCACAGCAGCCUCCAUGGUGGCCAUGGUCCCUGGCAGAGUGACUGUGGUGGAGCAGGUGGCUGAGGAGGAGGAGCAGGGGAGCCACACUGUGAUGAUCCAGGACCCCUUCCAGCAGGCAGCCUCCAUGGGGCUGGGUGAGGAGCACCAUCUGGUGGUGUCGUCUGAUGAUGUGGAGGGCAUGGAGACGGUCACCGUGUACACUCAGGGAGAGGACGCCUCCCAGUUCAUCGUCUAUGUCCAAGAGGCUGUGCAGACCGAGGAGCAUACUGUGGAAUCUAUCUGAGCAGGACAGAGCGUUGGUGCAGGCAUGGAGGAGCAGUCAACAGUUUCAUCCCGGGUCAUUCAGUAGGUGGAAGACAUUUUUAACACG